AUGCAAAGUGAGGUUGAGGGCAGGCAGAUUGGUGACAUGGAACUGCGUCAAGUGUGGACCAAGUGCAUGCCGAGGAAGAUGCGGCCCGGUCUUGAGAUGAGUACUAACGAUACGCCGCAUGACGAGUUGGCAGAUUUCACUAGUAACUGUCUCAGAAACUUGCGAGAAGAAGAAAAUCGAACAAGUCAAAUCACCAAAGAGAAAGCGAAACGCACCCUCAGUUUGACCAUGGAUAAAAUUGCAAAAAUGCUUUAG